AUGGAGGAUCAGCGCAGGCCGAGUCGCGCCGCGGGAUAUCCAGCCUCAGCCGACACCGAGUGCGGCGGCAACGGCUGCCGCCUACACCGAGGGCGGCGGGCACUGGCUGCCGCUGGGCGGGCCCAGCGCCGUCUCGGCCUCAGGAAAGGCCAGCGCGCACCGAGAGAAAUCCGGUCUCUGCCGACGGCGGAGACCGCCGGGCCCUCGCCGCCGCAGACGAGAAGUUCGGACGCUCCACGGGACAUUCGGCCCCAGCCGACAUGGAGGGCCGCCGGUCCUUCACUGCCGUCGAACGGGAUAGGUUUGGCUACAGCCUCGGCCGGAAGCAAGGGGGCUCCGCAGGAUACCUGGCCCCAGCCGACAUGGAGGGCCGCCGGGCCUUCGCCGCCGUCGAGCGGGACUAGCCCGGCCGUAGUCUCGGCCGGAAGCCAGCACGUGCCGCGAGCCAUCCAGUCCCGGCCGGCUAGCAGGGGCGAGGCCCCCGCCACAACUCCCCCCGCAGCCGGGCCGCUUGUUAGCGGCAGAGAUAGCGCACCGGCAGAUGCCGAGACGAAGGAGCUGCAGGCCGAGGACCUGGCCAGCGCGCUGCGGCACCUCGACGAGGAGUUCGAGGCGGGCGAGAGGCUGGCCAACGAGCAGACGUGGUGCGCGCCGGUGCCGCGCGAGAGGCAGGUGAGGACGGUGCGGAGGUUCUACCGGGCGUUCCACGACGCAGGCACGCUGCCGAUCGCGACCUGCACGCUAUGCUACCGGAAGCGAGCCAAGGGGGAGCUGAGGGAGAUGGCGUGGGAGGGGUGGUCGCGGAGCAGCGUUGCGGGGGGCGGGCGGUCCCGGUUCGGAUGCCGAAGCUGCUUCCCGGAGGGCAGGCCGGUGCCGGUCUGCGUAGAGUGCGCGCGAUGGGCCGGGCGCGAGGGGGCGUCGCCGGCCAUGCACCUCCACGGGCGGCUCGGCUGCGAGCACGCGUACCCCGACGAGCUGAAGGACCUCACGCCGCUCGAGGAGAAGCUCAUCUCACUCAACUCGUGCUACGGCUUCGUGACGAAGUACAGCAUCCCGGGCGGUCAGAGGCAGAGCGUGAGGUACCCGAGGCACGUCAAGGGCCACAUUACCGUGUUCCCAAACGACGUGCAGGGCCUAGCCGCUAAGGUGCUGCCGCACCCGCUGCUCCGGGUCAUGGACGAGAUCCACGUCUCGUGGCAGGGUGCCGAGGCCCGGGCCGCGCGACCUAUCGGGCCUGCUGAGAACAAUCCGCUCUACGGCGAGGUCGAGAUCGACGCGGCGGAGAUGGCCAGCUGGGGCGCCGCCGCACGGGUGCCGCCAGUGGUGUGCGUGAGCCGUGACGUCGGGCUCACGUGCGAGGACGACGACGGGGACGGCGCUAGGCCCGAAGAGGACGGGGACGUAAUCAACGAGGUGACGUCUUCCGGCAUGUUCCCGUUGGACGGGGCGCCAGAGGUGGCCGAUGCUGAGAAGAUUCGCUUCGCCCGCGGUGCCGUCGGGCCCGAGGGAGCGCGCGCCGGCCCGAGGACGUGGGUAGGGACUGCGGCCCGAGAGGCGGAGGGCGAUGGCGGCGACGUCGAGCCGCACAUACAGGUGCGGCGCGGCGAGGAUUUCGCCGACUCGGCGGACGCCUCCUUCUUCGCAAAGGCCUUUCCGACCCUGUUCCCCUUUGGCUUAGGCGGGCCGAGGCUCGCCGACGAGGACGCCACUGGGGAGAGCGCGGGCCCUAGCGUCGGGAACCAGGGCACGCAGGCGGAGCGGGUCGCGGAGGGCCUUAUGUCGACGCGGAACAUGAAGCUCCAAGCAUGGGCCGACGUCGUGCUGCGGCGCCACGGCGGCCGGUUCGCGACGCACCCUAUCUUCGCCUUCCUCGUCUUUAACAUGGGCGGUCGAGGGCCUGUUAAAGUCGUUAACGGCGCAGAGGCUCGAGGCGGCGAGGUCGAGCUCGAGGCCACGGGCAAGACUAGCGACGACGGGGUAAAGGAGCUCAUCCGGUCCCUCUCCGUGUUCGGCUACCGGCAGCCGAUGUCGAGGGAGAGCCGCCUUAUUGCGGCUAGCGGCACACCGCGGCCGCGACCGGACGAGGCCGAGGCCUUCCUACGAGACCUAGGGACCGCGUAUAAGCGGACCCAGCUGGCCAUAUCGGACCCGAUGAGCUCGGCCGUCUUCUUCCACCGGGAGAUGACGCUCUUCUUCGAGCACUACGUCAACGUCGGGGAGGAGGGCAACGCGGGCCUUGGCGAGGCGCUCGCCGGCCCCGAUACGGAGAAGCAGGCGGCGUACCGGGAGCGCAUCGUCCGCUACGUAGAUAGCGUCUUCUCCGAGGAGCUAGACGCAGAAGGUUACUGCGCCGUGCAGGCGGAGCGGUCGGCCACGGCGGACAUAUCGUCGCGGCUCGACGACGUCGCGCGCUUCACGGACACCUUCGACGAGGAGGCCAACUUCUGCGCCGGCGCGACGCAGAUCCACACGCAUAGCGCGACCUGCGUAAAAUACUCGCUCGGCGCGAGGGCGCGGAAGGGGGACCUCUGCCGGUUCAAGGCGCCGUGGAGGCUGGUGGAGGACGGCGCUGACGGCGGACGGGGACUACGGCACAACCACGACAUCUCGUUCAUCGCGACGCAGCGCAAGACCAUGGCCCUAAUCUACUACAUUACCAACUAUGCGACGAAGGUAGAGGACCCCGUGUGGAAGCGUGUGGCCGCCGCGGCCGAGUUCCUUCCCGCGCUAGAGCCGACGGGAGAGGGCAACGGAAGUGGCGCCGACCGCGACGCCGGCCGAGGGGGCGGGGCCGAAGGGGUGGCGACGGCGGCGGACCCCAUAGGGGGGAACAAGACGAGAACGUUCCUGCUCAAGGCGGCGAACCGAGUAUUUACGGAGCGGCCGCUGUCGCAGGUCGAGGUGAUCGCGCACCUCCUAGGGUACCCGGCAGAAUUUAGCAGCGGCUCGGCGUGGGCGUACGUGAACGCGAACCAGCUCUACUGGGCCGUCUUCCGCCGGUGGCGGCACCUCCGACGGGCGAGCGGCGCGGAGGCGACGGGCGACGCGCCGGACGAGACGGUCGUCGUCGAGGAGGCCGGGCCGAGGAUCCCCCUCGUCGAGGCCUACCGGCACAGGGGCGAGCUCCUACGGGGCCUCUGCCUUUAUGACUACGCAUCGCUCGUAAGGCUAAAGCGAAACGGCCGCGGCGCCGACGGUGGGACGGGCUGGGGCGAGGUACCCUUCGCGGAGAGCUGGGCGUCGGGGAAGGGCUGGGUGCAGGCGCUUAGGCGGCCGGGUAGCGGGGCGACCGUAUGCCUCGACGGAUACCUCAGCAAGGAGUUUAGCGAGGGAGACGACGAGUCGUGCCACCGAAGGGCGGCGGUACAGCACCUGGCCCUAUUCGUGCCGUGGGAGUCCUUCCUCGGCGAGGAGGCAGGCGACAUCAACGACAUCUGGGCGCGGGCGCGGGAGUCGCUGGCGCCGAGGUCGCGCGGCUCGCAGACAACGUGCAGCUCCUCCGGCGGCCGGCGACGAAGGGAGGGCGGCCGAGGGGGCGAGGAGGCGUACCGCGCCGGCGGGGCGGGCGACGCGGCCCGGCUCAUCGACGUCGUCCGGAAUGCCGCCGGCGCGGGACAAGUCACGGCGCAGUCAACAGAGCUGCUAGCGAUGACGCAGCAGCUCUGCCGGUUCCAGCAGUCGGCGCUGGGGUCGGAGGCCGAGCUCGCGGCGACGGUAGUGGCGGAGAGGGCAGGCAGGCGGGUGAACCUACCGGGCUCGGAGCUCUCGGGGGCGGCGCUGCCACGGCAAGAAGAGGUGCGGGCCAUCAAGUCGCAGCAGAGGAGCGCGGCGCGGGAGCGGGAGCGAGCCAUCCAGGGCAUCCAGGGCGGCGGGGCGGCGGCGGGCGUCGGGGCCGACCGCGGCGCGGCUCUUCGCGGGGUGAUGGGGGGCUUCGGCGAGGACGACAUGGACGUAACGGCGGCCGACGGCGACGUAGACGCUGGCACGGCGGCGGUGAUGCGCGCCAUCGCUCUCCUAAUCGUAUGCCGGCAGCUCGACCGAAUCCGGCAGGGCGACGACGCAGGCGGCGAUGGCGGCGGCCAGCUCUGCCUGUUCAUCGGCGGCGAGGGCGGCACCGGCAAGUCGCGCGUCAUCGAGGCGCUCGUCGAGCUGCUCGCCCGGAGGACCUAUCGAGCCGGCUGCUGGGCGGCCGGGCGGGAGGGCGACGAGGACGUAGACGGCGUACGGCUGCCGGGCCAGGGCGAGCGCUUCGUCGACGGCCGGUCGCGGAUGGACUGGCAGGAGAAGGAGGUGCUGGUGAUCGACGAGGUCAGCAUGCUCGGGGCGCGGACGCUGCACGCCGCCAACGAGCAGCUGUGCAGGCUGCGGGGGUCGGCGCGAGACUUCGGCGGCAUCCCGGUGGUGAUCUUCUGCGGCGACUUCCACCAGUUCCGGCCGGUGCAGGAGCGGUCGAUCCUGCUGCCGAGCGCGGCGGUGGCGUGGGACGAGGACGGGGCGUUCGCGGCCGAGCAGCGGCGGCAGCACGACAAGGCGCACGCGCUGUGGCGGCGGUUCACGACGGUCGUCAUGCUGGACGAGCAGAUGCGGGCCGCCGGCGACCCGGAGCUGCGGCGACUGCUCGGGCGCAUCCGCCGGGGGGAGCAGGACCGGUCGGACCUAGAGCUGCUCAACUCGAGGUGCCACCGGCCGGGCAGGCGGAUCCCGUGGGAGACGGGCCUGACGGUGGUCACGCCUCUCAACCGCAACCGCUGGAACCUCAACCUAGAGGCGGCGCUCGCGUUCCGGGCGCGGCGGCGGACGGCGGCGCGCAUAUUCCUGUCCGAGCACAAGUGGAGGGAGGGCCUGCCGACGGAGGAGGAGGCGGUGUUAAUGCUGUGCCAGGGCGACGACAGCGCGACGCCGGUGCCGGCCGUCUUCGUUUUCGUGCCGGGCAUGCCGGUCGUCGUGAACCAGAACACGCACCAGGGGCUGAAGCUAGUGAACGGGGCCGGCUACACGGCGGUAGACGUCAUCCCCGACCGGGCCUUCCCCGGCCACCGGGUCUCGGCCGAGCUGACGAUGCACUUCGGGCCGCCGGCGGGCAUCGUGCUGGCUUCGGAGACGACGAGGGACUUCCACUUCGUCGGGAUGCCGGCCGGGACGAUCCUGCUGACGCCCAUCAGCGUCAAGAUCACGGCGCAGCGGAAGCGGCCGUGGCAGCGCAACGACGUCAGCCGGAGGGGCCUGCCGUGCGCGGCGGCCUUCGCCUGCACCGACUACAAGGUGCAGGGCGGGACGCUGGAGCGCGUGGCGCUGGAGCUGCGGGGCGAGGAUGACGACGGUCGAGGGGAGGGCGGUGCCGUCGCCGUGCGACCCGUACAGCCUGUGCGGGAGCGGGAUCUAGUCGGGAACCGGGUGCCCGAGGAGAUGACGGCAGCGCAGGCCCGGCUAGAGGAGCUUAGCAGGCAGACGACGCAGGAGGCGGCCGACUGGCUCCGCGGGUAA